AUGGCUCUCUUCGGCUCCCCAGCGCGAGUCUUUAUUGCCGCAGCCGCGCUUAGGCUCAUUCUCCUGGUCUACGGAGGGUGGCAGGAUGCCCACUCUGUCAUGAAAUAUACCGACAUUGACUACAUGGUGUUCACCGAUGCUGCACGCUACGUUGCAAAGGGCGAGUCGCCCUAUGCUCGUGAUACUUACCGGUACACGCCGCUUUUGGCGUGGAUGCUCCUCCCCACUGCAUGGGAAGGUCCUGCGCCUUGGUCAACACUGGCCUUCGCAUUUGGCAAGGCAUUGUUUGCUUUAUCCGAUGUCCUUGCUGGAUGGCUUGUUGUGCAGCUUCUUGUGCGCUGUUAUCGCUUCCCUGUUGAGCGCGCGUUGCGUUAUGUUGCCGCGGUUUGGCUGUGGAAUCCUAUGGUUGCCAAUAUCAGUACCCGUGGUAGCUCGGAAGGACUACUCGGUGUGCUUGUUGCAGCACUCCUGUGGGCAACUUUGACGAAGAAGCCUGUUCUGGCUGGUCUUAUCUUAGGACUUGCCGUGCAUUUCAAAAUUUACCCGUUCAUAUAUGGCAUCUCUAUUCUCUGGUGGUGGGAUGCCGAACGCGAUGGGUCUGCGGCUGCUCCAUCGGGCCUGCUGUCAAAGGCUUUGGCCUUCAUUACUCCGUCUCGAGUGAAGCUUACUCUUGCUGCGCUGGCCAGCUUCGUGGGUUUGAAUCUCGUCAUGUAUCUGCAGUACGGUCAACCGUUCCUCCAACACACUUUCUUCCACCAUCUGACUCGAAUCGACCACCGUCACAAUUUCUCUCCUUACAGCACUCUACUGUAUCUGUCUGCCGCCGGUGGUGCCGAAACUCGCUUCGAGGCCCUGGCGUUCCUUCCGCAGCUGAUCCUCGUGGUUGUUGCUUUGCCCCUCGCUUUGGCGAAAAAGAGCUUAACUACUGCCAUGCUCGCGCAAACUUUCACAUUUGUCACGUUCAACAAAGUCUGUACAAGUCAGUAUUUCCUGUGGUAUCUGAUUCUACUUCCAUUCUAUCUUCCCUCUUCAUCGCUCAUCCGCAAGCCGACGGUGGGCAUCUCAGCGGCUAUUCUGUGGAUUGCUGGACAGGCUCUCUGGCUGCACCAAGGCUACAACCUUGAGUUCCUAGGAUUAUCUUCCUUCGUUCCCGGGCUGUUCCUUGCGGGGCUAUUCUUCUUUGCUGUGAAUGUCUGGAUUUUGGGCAUCAUCGUUCAGGAUGGAGGCGAAGGUGCCGGCGAGAUCGCGGAUGAAAUUGCAAAGCCGCAAAUUGCACUGAAAUAG